UGAUCCGGUCUGAACCAGGAGCAUUUCACCCCUAGGGCCUAACCACAUUACAACUUGAGUGGCUACAUCUGAUUCAUUUCUAUAUUUUUAAUUCUAGAAGACUAAAUAUCAAGAAGAGCCCACUUUUUCUUUGAAACAAAGAGAAUGAUGAUUGUUUAUUAAUAUUUUUGACUUUCAGAAAUAUGUCUGCAUUUGAAGAGUUUAAAUGCUGCAGAUUCCUGAUGUUUUUAUGCUUAAAAUAUGUCUGAUUUUUUUUUUUUAAUAAGACUGUCAUUGGAACUUGGGUUUGCCAGGCAAACAAGAAGAAGGUGACAUUCCACGUAUUCUUCAAAAGAAGUAUGCUUUGCUGGUACAACCUGCAACCCGUUGCUUCCCUUUAUUGACAAAGGAAUGGUACUGUGUGAUGUGUGGUUGGGAUUUGUUUUUUUAAUUAAGUGAGCAAACAGGAGGACUGUGAUAUAAAGUGGCUGAGAGUCCAGCUGCCCUAUAGCUUCAGGAUGGCCAGCUGCUGGUAUGCCGUCUUCUGUGCCAUCUUUGGCCUCUGCCUGGGGCAGUACACACCAGAUCUCGUCUCUUCUCUGCCAGGAUUGUCUGAAGUCCCAGCCUUCCAGCAAUGGUCAGGCUACCUCCCAGCAGGCCCUGGCCAGUAUUUCCACUACUGGUUUGUGGAGUCUCAGGGCAACCCUGCUGCUGAUCCCGUGGUGCUCUGGCUGAAUGGGGGUCCUGGUUGCAGCUCGAUGGAGGGUUUUCUGGCUGAGAACGGACCUUUCCAUCUGCAUGACAAUGGCACGGUCUACUUGAACCCCGACAGCUGGAACAAGGUGGCCAACAUGCUUUACCUGGAGUCUCCUGGUGGAGUGGGCUACUCCUAUCCCGCGGCCUAUGGAAACCCCGUCAGCGACAGCCAGGUUGCUGAAGAGAACUACCAGGCUCUCCGGAGCUUCUUUACCAAAUUUCCAGAUUUUGCUCAGAACGAUUUUUAUGUGUUUGGGGAGAGCUAUGGUGGAAUCUAUGUUCCCACUCUCACUGCCAAGAUUGUGAAGGGGUCAGCAGCCAUCAAUCUGAAGGGAUUUGGAGUUGGCAACGGCUUGAGCAGCUAUUCCCUCAAUGAUCAGACCCUGAUGGAAUUUGCCUACUUGCAUGGAGUCCUGGGAGAAGACCUAUGGUCCUCUCUUGUGGAAAGCUGCUGCUCUAGAGGAAACUGCAAUUACGCCAGCAGUGACAACGGGGACUGCAUUACAGCAAUAUCAAAAGCAUACCAGCUUAUUUCUGGAACUGGCCUCAACAUGUACAAUCUUUAUGCUUCUUGCUGGGGAGGCGCACUCUACCAAAGCCGCUAUGAAGCUGACCUGGCCAACCUCUUCCGUCACUAUCAGUUCAACGUCCCAGUGCCGAACGUUGGCUCUAUCCCAGGAGUGCCCAAAUGCAUAAAUGCCACUGCCAUGUAUGUCUGGCUGAAUCGAGAUGACGUCCGGCAGGCCCUUCACAUCCCCCGCACUCUGCCAGACUGGGAGGUUUGCAGCUCACAGGUAUCUGCCACCUACCAAAGACAAUAUACGGAUAUGGCUCCCUUCUACAAGUGGUUAUUGACACAAAAUCUUCGUGCACUUGUUUAUAAUGGCGAUGUGGACAUGGUGUGCAACUUUUUGGGGGGUGAACAAUUUGUUGAUGCUUUAAAUCAGCCUGUACUUAGCGAAUACCAGCCAUGGUAUUUCAAUGAUCAAGUGGCUGGAUUUUUCAAGGAAUACCAAAACAUCACAUUCCUCACUGUAAAGGGCGCCGGACACAUGGUGCCGCAGUACAAGCCCGGCCCGGCCCUGGAGAUGUUCCGCCGCUUCCUCGCCCCAACCAGCUACGCCUGAGCCGCU